CUUUAUGUAUAUUAUCAGGAGAUUAUCCCUAAUCGAAGGCUAUAAGAUAACCGGCGCGCUGACAUACGUUCAGUGGGUAAAAUGACUCGGUUGGUGAUUUGCGUACUCCUCUGUGUGGCCUCCUUUGUACAGGGGGGUCACGAAAAAUAUGAAGGGUAAGUGCCUUUAUAUAUUUUUUUAUUGUUUUCCUAAGUAUGUGGGUUUUCUAGUUAAACCUUUAGCGUCUUUUUCACCACCUGCAUAUAAUAUGUAUAGAUAAGUAUCGAUAAACUUAAAUAGAGAGAAAAAAAUAAUUGAAAAAAACUUAUGGAGAAAUAACGUUCUUUAUUCAAAUGUAUAUACACCAAUUGUAUCGCGUGGCUGGGCUUAGCGAGCAAAUCAGGGGUUUGGAAGCAAGCCUUGACAUCCUAUUAGCUAAACCAGCAGCCAGGUCCGAAUCAGGCAAGCUUGAGGCUCUGAUCCGUCUGGCCCCUGAGGAGAAGGAACAAUGGCUGCACUACUUCCACAGGAACAACAUGAUGUACACAAAGAUUGCCGACAAUCUCGCCGAGAUCUUCCGAAAGGAAGAAGCUGAGAUCCAGUCCAAGAAAGCAGCUGCCAAACGAAGUGGAAAGUCCAUGUCAUGGGACACCUACUACAGGCACGAGGAAAUUAACGCAUACUUGGAUGAACUUGCGGAAGAGCACCCUGACCUCGUGACCGUCGUCAACGCAGGUCUCAGUUUUGAAGGUCGCCAGAUCAAAUACGUGAGGAUCUCCUCGACCCGCUUCGAAAACCUUCGGAAACCGGUCAUCGUCAUCGACGCCAUGGCUCACGCCAGAGAAUGGGUCACCACUCCCGUCGCUAUGUACAUCAUCCAUCAACUCGUUGUGGAAGCCCCUGAGAGCCCCUUGACUCAAUCAAUCGAUUGGAUCAUCAUUCCUGUAGUCAACCCCGAUGGUUACGAAUAUUCCAUCGAUGUGGACCGUUUGUGGCGUAAAACUCGUUCCACUGCUCAUGAUGGAGCAGAUGAAUGCCCCGGAGUAGACGUUAACCGCAACUUCGACCACCACUGGGGUACUGCUCCAAACAGCGCUAACCCUUGCUCUAUCAUCUAUGAAGGUCCUUCCGCCUUCUCCGAGCCUGAGACUAGGGUCGUCAGAAGCGCAGUCACGUCCAGCCUUGAGAGAACUUCUCUUUACAUUUCUUUACAUAGCUACGGAAAUAUGUUCCUGUACGCUUGGGGUAACAAUGGUACACUACCGCAGAACGGUCUGAUCCUUCAUCUGGUUGGUGUCAACAUGGCUACCGCUAUCGAUGAAUUGGCUUUGGAUGAGGCUAACAGGUACAUUGUGGGCAACGCUGCAAACGUUCUCUACUACACGACUGGUACCUCUAGAGAUUGGACCAAGGCUGUAGGAAUCCCUCUCACCUACACAUUGGAGCUGCCUGGAUACGAUUACCUUUUCGAAGUCCCCGCCAAGUACGUUGAGCAGAUCGUGACAGAGACCUGGGCUGGUAUCGCUGUAGGUGCUCAAUACGUUUUGUCUACUUGGUAAAGAUUUAAAUACUUAACAGCAAU